UAGGGAAUAGCGCGUUAAAGUAAUUAAUUAAGAGUAUAUUAAUUAAUUUUGCGAACCCAAUACUAGGCGACAUAUAGCCAAAACUAGGCGGGAAACAGUAAACAUGGAUACUGUUGUCGCUUUCAACAAUGAGCUCUCUGGGCUCUAUGACAGCCGACCGCCUAUAUCCAAGGCAAAAAUGGCCGCCAUUACCAAGUCGGCAAUGCGUGCAAUCAAAUUCUAUAAACAUGUUGUGCAAAGCGUGGAGAAAUUUAUACUGAAGUGCAAGCCUGAGUAUAAAGUGCCCGGUCUGUACGUGAUUGAUUCUAUUGUUCGGCAGUCCCGACAUCAAUACGGGACCGAGAAAGAUGUGUUCGCACCACGCUUCCAGCGCAAUCUCACGGAGACCUUUGCCAAUCUGUUUCGCUGCGCCCCCGAGGACAAAAGCCGCAUCAUCCGUGUGCUAAAUUUGUGGCAGAAAAACAAUGUAUUCAAAUCGGACGUCAUUCAACCGAUAUUUGAUUUAGCCGAUCCCAAUCACCCGAUCUAUCAUCAAAUGCCACCAGUCGGGGGCAUGGGUGGUGUGUCAGGAGGCGUAGGCGCAGGUCCUAGCAGCAGUGGAGCCUUGACCCUGGCUGACAUAUCGAGUGGCGCCAAUGGUCUCAAUACAUCUGGCUUGAGUAGCUUGGAGCUGAGUAUGAGCAGUGGUAUGGGUGGUCCACACGGUGGUGAUGAUAAGCUCGGCGGCAUGCCUGAUUUAUCUCUGAGCCAUGAAAAGUGCUCGCGUGGCAUGCAUGAGAGCAUUGGAGGCAGCAGCGCCGGUAGCAACCGCCGCCAUAUGGACCAACACUAUAUGAAGCGUCAACACACAAUGCCACCUUCGUGUAGUUCCAGCUCAAAAUCACGCUUUGAUAGCGCCGGUGGCUCAAGCAAAAUGCAUCAUCACAAAUAUAGCAAAAGUUCCCAUGAACUGUUGGAGUACGAUGUGCGCGAGAUCAUUGAUGAUGAAGAUAAUAUGUUGGUGACCGAUGAUCAUCACUGCUUGGGCGAUGAUUCACCGCCAACUUCAUCCAAUUUGCUAGACAACAACAAUUUGAAACAGUUACUCAACGAUCCCAACGUCCUUCGCCAACUGCAAACAUUGCAGAGUUUUCAAAAAUUUAAGCAACAAGAGGAGAAUCAAAAGCUUCGUUAUCAGGAUGACAGUUUGCAGCAACAUUUGCAUAAUGUUUUAAAGGGUACUGCGGGGAUACCGCCAGGCAUGGGUAUGGGCAUGAGUAUGAACGAUGUGUCCGAUAUGAACAAAGAUGUGGAAUUUGUAUCUGAACAACAAAAUAUUGAGGUAAUCAAUCUGGAUGGCGGAGAUUCGCGUAGUCCGACGCCAGACCGCGAGCGUUACAAGCGUGGCAGACGCAGCAGCCGCAGUCGUAGCCGUUCACCCCGCGAUGGUCGUGGAAGUGGACGUGGUGGUGGAACUGUUGGACCCAAUGAUCGAAGUAGCCGUCGGCGAUCAUCGCGUUCCAGAUCCCGCAGCCGUUCGCCUCGAGGCAGUCGACGACGCAAUUCUCGUGAUCGUGAACGAAUGGAACGAAGUGCACGCGACAAAGAGCGUGAUCGCGAGCACGAGCGUGAGCGACGCAAGAAGGGACUGCCGGAAAUUAAGAAGGAGCACUUAAGUGUCUGCAGUACAACACUGUGGGUCGGUCAUCUCUCAAAACUGGUCUACCAGGAGGAGUUGUCCGAUACUUUUGGCGAGUAUGGCGAUAUCGUGAGUAUCGACCAGAUCGUCCCACGUGGGUGCGCAUUUAUAGUCAUGAAUCGGCGUCAGGACGCGCACAAGGCCAUGCAGGGGCUAAAGAACCACAAGUUGCAGGGGCGAGCAAUUACCAUAUCGUGGGCCGCUGGAAAGGGUGUAAAAAGCAAAGAGUGGAAAGACUUUUGGGAUCUGGAGCUGGGUGUUACCUAUAUACCAUGGAAUAAACUGAACGUGGACACCGAUUUUGAUAGCUUGGAGGAGGGUGGCAUGUUCGACGAAGACACGAUGCCAGGUUGGAUGAAAGACAAGAUAAAUCAAGUCAAGAAUGUCAAGGAUAAUAAAACAAACCCUGCUGCUGGGCCUGCAGAGUUGCCUAAGCCACUACCACCUGGUCCCCCAAAUUUGAUCUUUGGCAUAGAUACUACGCAACCUCCACCUGUGGCCCAACCACUUGGUGCGCCGGGUGCGCCACCGCCAACCUUAAUGGGCAUGGUUCCUCCCGGCCAGUUCUCAAUGGCACCGCCAAUAGGAGCUCCGCCACCACGAAUGAUGGGCCCCAUGGGUCCCAUACCCUCAAUGGGUGGCAUGCCUAUGCCACCGAACAUGAUGAUGAUGCCUCCCUCAAUGAUGCCACCAGGAUUUGCUGGCCUUCCUGGCGGUCCACCACAUCCACUGAGCUUGCCUCCGCCAGGUGCACAAUUUCCGCCGCCUGGAGCGGUGCCACCACCAAUGUCUAAUCCACCACCUCCUAACGUAGCUGCUUGUGGCAAUGUGUCGAGCGACGAUCAAAUGGACAUUGAAAUGGAGGUGGAGGAAACGCCGCAAUCGGCGCCACCGCCACCACAGCAGCAGCCACCAAACUUCAAUCAGCCUCCUCCCAUCUUUUCGGGCAGUGGUGCACCGGCGAACAGUGUGGAAGCUGUUGUGGCAGCCGCUGCUAAUGAAAUGUUCCAGCGGGAGCGCGGACGUGGUGGUGGCGGCGGUUCGCGUUGGGGUGGACGUGAUGAUGUAAAUGACGGACCUUGGCGCGGCGAAAAUGGUGGUGGUCCACCGCCUGUGGGUGGUGGGGGCGCUGCUUUCAAUGAAGCGCGUGCUCGUCUUAAUCUCAAUCACAUGGAACUGGGUAUACAGCAGCAACAGCCACAGCGAUCAGACUUCAUGGACUUUGAUAAUCGCCCUGGUGGACCUAGAGGCAUGGGACCACGUCCGGGAAAUUUAAAUGGCGGUGCAGACUUCCUCCAGCCAAACAUGAAUCAAAACCGAUUCAAUCAACCCACUAGUCUGAUGCAAAUGCGCAUACCGCCGCCAAUGGCCUUUAAUCAGCGCAUGGGCGGGCCAAACGGGGGAGGCAAUGGAGGCGUGGGACCCAUGUUUAUGCGUAACCAGGGCGGUGGCGGAAAUGGUCCAGGUGGGCGACAACAGGGACCAGGUUUCUUUAAUCCGCGCAAUCCCUUCAACGAUAAUCAACGUGUACGUGGCGGUGGUCGAAACAUAGGUAGUCGUGGUGGCGGUGGUGGAGGAGGGCGCUGGAGCGAUGACGAGGAUGAUGGCAACAAUUUCAAACGUCGCGGUGGACCUGGUGGCGGCGGUGGCAGUCGCUUCCGUGAUCGCGACAAUGGCGAGGACAGACGUGGAGGCAAUAUGCGUGGACGCGGUGGUCCACGCGAUGAAAGGGAACGUGGUGGAAAUAGACGCAGUUCCCGCGAUGACAGUAAUCGGCAUUCCUUUAGUUCUACGGAUGAGAACAGCAAGCCGAGCCCUGCUGCACCAGCACCGACAACCUCGAUGUCUGUCCCAUCACCAUUGCCAGUGGCUACAAACACAACGACAGCAGUGUCUGGAGAUACAGAAGAAGACUGGGAUCGUGAGCUACAAGAGUACGAUGCCAGAAUGGAGGCAGAGAAAAUGUCUAAAAAUGAUUCUACAUCUGCUGUUGUCAAUGAGUCAGCAGUAGAUGAGGCAGCAGCAACUUCACAGACGAGGGAUAGCGCGCCCACAUUCGUCAAGCCCCAAGUGGAAGAUAGUGUCGAAGAAGUCACAACGAAACCGUUGCCAUCGCCUGCCUGCACACCACUCUACGAUGAGCUGCCCCCACCAGCGGCAGCGCCACCAAAAAUGGAUACGAACAGAGCCCCGACGCCGGAAACCGUCAACGAGGCGCCGCCUACAAACACUACACAGGCCGUUACUGAAACUACCGCUCCUUCGACAACAGACACGGAACCGGUUAUGGAGUCACAGCCUGUGUCUAGUGAAGGAAACAUGGAACCGACUGAAGCAGCCGGGUAGAAGACCAACAACUACGAGUAAUCAUAUUUUGAUUUUAGUGCUACUCAAAUGUGUAAUUGUUGAUUUCCUUAUAUUUAUAUAUGUAACCGGACCAUACAUACAUACACACAUCCAAACAUUUUA